CCCAGCCGCCCUUGGGGUGAUGCGGUGCUUCAUCCCUUGGAGGGGGGGGGAUGUAGGUGACGGAAACGAUGGUUUUCCUGUAAAAAGCACCCGCGGGGCUCCGCUUGGCUCCGGCCGGUCCCUCCCCGGCAGCGAGUCCGGGCGCCCCCGGGGGAGACCGCGACCCCCGGCAGCGCGGGGGGCUCCAGGCCCCGGGCAACCGGCGUCGCAGCCGGGCUGCUGCCGGGCUGGGGAAGGCGAUGCGCGGCCGCGGCCCGGGCUCCUCUCCGCGGCUGCCGCCCCGGGAGCCGCCGCCGCCCGCGGUGCGGGGUCCCCGCGAGGCUCCGCCGCCCCGUCGGGCGCGGGGGCUGCGGAGGGGGGGGGCCGCUUCUUCCCAGCCUCCCGCGCCCCGAUUGGCUCCGCGGCGCCGGGCUGCGCCGGGCCCGCGGCGGGAGGAGACUCCGCGGCCAUAAAAGCGGCGCCGGAGCCGCGGGGCGGCGAGUCCGGGGGGUCCCGCGGCCGCGCUCGGUGCCUCCGGCUGCUUCCCCGGGCUGCCGCGGGGCUCGACGGCGAGCGGCAGCGCCGGGCCGCGGGCACCCCGCCCCGCCCCGGUCCGGUCCGGUCCACGGGUGCGCGGCCGGGCGGCGGGAGCACCGGCAGGUCGCUCUUUAGGAGAAGACGAGAGCUGCUGGAAGGUGCCGCUCUGCCGUGGCAGAACCGCCUGAGCUGCUCCGCCGGUGCCGCGGCGGCUCUGCCCGGACCGACCGCGGCGGGACGCGCGCCUGAGCGGGACGGGACGCUCGGCCCCCGGCUCCCUGCAGGAGGGCAGCAGAGCUCCGCGGGGGACCUGCCACCGCGCCGGGACCAGGAAGCACCGCGGCGCGGGAUGGAGCGGCGGGCGCUGGCGCUGGCUCUCUGCCUGGCGCUGGCCGCGGCGGCCGCGGAGGACUGCGUGAGCCGGUGCUCCGCCUGCGCCGCCCGCACCCGGGACUCGGCGGAGAGCGUCCGGCCCCUGAUGUGCCUGCUGGGGUGCCGGGGCUCCGUGCCCGGCGGUGCCGCCCGGGAGCCGUGCGGGCCGGCGCUCCGGGCCGACGGGAUGGAGCCGGCCGCGAGCCAGACGGACGGCGGCGGCAGGGCGGGCGAGCGGGCGGCCUCCGGGGAGGUGCUGGACUACCCCGCGCCGCCGCCCCGGCCGCCGGCCCCCGGCGACGAGGAGCCCCCGGGCAAGCGCUACGGGGGCUUUCUGCGCACCUACCCCAAGCGGAGCGGGGCGCCGGGGGCCGCGGGCGCCGGGCAGGAGCCGGCGGAGCUGCACAAGCGCUACGGCGGCUUCCUGCGCAGGAUCCGGCCCAAGCUCAAGUGGGACGAUCAGAAGCGCUACGGGGGGUUCCUGCGGCGGCAGUUCAAGGUGGCCACGCGGGCCGACGAGGACCCCAGCGCCUACUCGGGGGAGGUCUCGGCCCUAUAGAGCCCGGUGUCGUCCACCCCCCCCCCCCCCCAGCCCCAUCCCGCGCUCAGCCCCGUGCCGCCGGCGGCACCCCCGCCUCGUCCCGCCGCAGACCCAGCUCAGCCCCCGUCG